GAGUGUUGUGGUGAGAGUGAUCAGACUGAAACAAGAUGUUACUGUUUGGAGUAAGGCUCAUGAAACCUCAGACUAUGAGAAUCACAUUGCCCACUCUCCUUGCCACCCUGCAGACUUCGAUAGAAGCAAACUGUAAUCCUCCAAGUGCAUUACAAUAUUUAGACGUAUAUACUGAUGGCUCCAAAGGAGAACUCGGGACUGGCAGAGCCUGGUGUGCAAUGGAGGGUGACCACAUAAUCCAUUCAUGGGCUAAGAAGCUUUAUCCAAGUAACUCGGCAUUUCAGGCAGAACUUACAGCCCUAAAGGCAGCUCUGGACUUUACUGCUAAUAAUGGCAGGUAUAAAGUAAUUUACACAGACUCAAUGUCAAGCUUGCAGGCCAUACAGGGCGACCGCAGUAGACAUUCCAUUGUCAGAGACAUACAGAAACUAUUAUUUUCGAUUCCUGCAAGUCUGAGGCCCCAGCUACAGUGGGUUCCAGCUCAUACGGGGAUUAAAGGAAACGAAGCAGCGGAUAUGAUUGCGAAAGGUGCAGCCAAUGAACCCCGCGUGAGUAGCAUUGGUGUGCCCCUUCCGCACUCAUAUCUGAAAACUACUCUCAAAUGUGAACUAAUGAAUCAGUGGCAGAACUACUGGGAGGCAAGCACCACAGGCAGAAGGCUUGGCUCUCAAAAUUUAUUUGCUGAUCAACUGACAUGUAACAUGUAG